AUGCGAAUUCUGUUACUGUUUCUUUGGCUGCCCAUUAUUACGUUUUGUUGGGUUCGUCGGAGACAUUCCCAUUUCGACACUAAUUCAGAUCAUUUGCAGAAAGAAUGUGAUUGGACCGAAUGCAAAUGGUUUUGGCAGAAAAGUUGCGAUCCGUCGACGGAUCUCCAGGAGCACGCCGGUCCCAUCAAAGUGUGCACCGGGUUACUGUGGAUCCGAUACUUAUGCUGCACGAAUUGGAAGGACGAGUCGGCGCCGUGGAGCCACGUGGAAUAUCACAAAGAGGAAUCCGUACUCAAUUUGGCGCUUCUUCAAUAA